AAUAUAUUACGAUUAAGAUUCAUUUUGUUAGAUUCAUAAAUUGAAAAAAAUGAAUUCACCGAAAUUGUCAUCAAGACAAAAUUUCAAUGGAAAUAUCUAUGUUCGAACACCAUUGAUUGAAUCCGUUCCACUUCGAAAAUAUUGUGCUUAUCGAAAGGUUUAUCUGAAAAUGGAAAACUGUCAACCAUCAGGCAGUUUUAAAUUAAGAGGAAUUUCAAAUCUUUGUAAAUAUGCUUUAUCGGCUGGAUACCAGGAGGUAGUUUGUCCAUCCGGAGGAAAUGCAGGUUUAGCCACGGCAUAUGCAGCUAUGAAGCUAAAAAUACCAUGUCAUAUAAUUGUUGGACAGAAAACACCCAGUAUAAUUUGUGAUGCAGUUCGAGAAUAUGGAGCUACUGUCGAACGUUAUGGUAUAGUCUGGGAACAGGCAAAUCAGCAUGCAAUUGAAACGACAAUCGAUUCAAAAACAGCAUUUUUGGUACAUCCAUUUGAUCAUCAAGCUAUAUGGCAAGGGCAUUCGACAAUUGUUGAUGAAAUUGCACAAGAUCUUGAUGGUGAAAUACCAUCUAUCAUUGUAACGUGCUGUGGCGGCGGUGGACUGUUAUGUGGUAUCGUUCAAGGUAUUCGGCGACAUGGUUGGGAAAAACGUACAAAAAUAUUAGCCAUGGAAACGAAAGGAACACAUUCAUUCAAUCUUUGUGUAAAAAAUGGUGGACGUCGGACUCGACUCAAUGAAAUAACAUCACUAGUCAGUUCUUUGGCUGCAAAUGAAGUUUGUGAAAAAGUGGUGGAAUAUUUUCGUGACAAUCAACCACAAAUUUUAUCACGUUUGAUUACCGAUGUUCAAGCAGCCGAAACUUGUGUUCAUUUCGCAAAUGAUCAUCGAUUUCUGAUCGGUUUAGCUUGUGCCACUUCGAUUGCUGCUGUUUAUACAGGGAUCGUUGAACGAAUCAUCACCAAGAAUGAAGACCUUCACGAAAGCUUAUAUGAUAAAAGAGAUGAACAGGAGAUGACUGAUAAUGAGGGACCUAUUGUUGUGAUUGUAUGUGGCGGAUGUGAAAUCUCUCUUAAUCAUUUGAAAGAAUAUCGUGAUUUAUUUGGUUUAAAUGAUAUUUGAGAAUAAAAUGAAUUUGAAUUUUCCA